AUGGCCCAGCUCCACAAAGUGGUCUUCGUGCUCGGGCCUCCCGGAUCCGGCAAGGGGACGCAAUGUGCCCUCAUUCAAAAGAAUUUGGGUCUUGUCCACCUGUCGGCUGGUGAUUUGUUGCGAGCAGAGCGCCAGCGACCGGAUUCUGAAUACGGCCGAUUGAUCGACGAACACAUCAAGAAUGGUUCCAUCGUGCCGGUGGCGAUUACGUGUGCACUUCUUGAAAAUGCGAUGAAGGCUUCGGGCGACUCGGCCGGCUUCCUGAUCGACGGCUUCCCCCGGAACCAGGAUAACCUAGAUGGAUGGCAAAAGGAGAUGGCAGAUAAGGUAGACGUCCGGUUCUGCCUCUUCCUUUCGUGCCAAACGGGUGUUUGUGUAGAUCGUUGCUUGCAUCGAGGGCAGGGAAGAACCGACGACAACGAAGACUCGCUCCGCCUGCGCAUCGACACGUACAACACCCAGACAUUCCCGAUCAUCCAGCACUACGAGAAGCUCGGCCUCGUCCGCGAAGUCAAGACUAACCGCGACCCCCAAGACGUGUACGUCGACGUUGAGAAGGUCUUCAAAGAAGACGGAUUC